UUAAUCUGCAGUCCCGCCCACCCCGGGCGGACCCGCUCGCCGCGAGGGGCUCUGGGAAGAGGCGGGGAACAAUAUGGCGGAUGGCGAGGAGCCGGAGAAGAAAAGAAGGAGAAUAGAGGAGCUGCUGGCUGAGAAAAUGGCUGUUGAUGGUGGGUGUGGGGACACUGGAGACUGGGAAGGUCGCUGGAACCAUGUAAAGAAGUUCCUCGAGCGGUCUGGACCCUUCACACACCCCGAUUUCGAACCGAGCACUGAAUCACUCCAGUUCUUGUUAGAUACAUGUAAAGUUCUAGUCAUUGGAGCUGGUGGCUUAGGAUGUGAGCUACUGAAAAAUCUGGCAUUGUCUGGUUUUAGACAGAUUCAUGUUAUAGACAUGGACACUAUAGAUGUUUCCAAUUUAAAUAGGCAGUUUUUAUUUAGGCCUAAAGAUGUUGGAAGACCCAAGGCUGAAGUUGCUGCAGAAUUCCUGAAUGACAGAGUUCCUAACUGCAACGUGGUCCCACAUUUCAACAAGAUUCAAGAUUUUAACGACACUUUCUACCGACAAUUUCAUAUUAUCGUAUGUGGCCUGGACUCUAUCAUAGCCAGGAGAUGGAUCAAUGGAAUGCUGAUAUCUCUUCUAAAUUAUGAAGAUGGUGUGUUGGAUCCAAGCUCCAUUGUACCUUUGAUAGAUGGGGGCACAGAAGGCUUUAAAGGGAACGCCCGAGUGAUUUUGCCUGGAAUGACCGCUUGUAUUGAGUGCACUCUGGAACUUUACCCACCACAGGUCAAUUUCCCCAUGUGUACCAUUGCAUCUAUGCCCAGGCUCCCAGAGCACUGUAUCGAGUAUGUAAGGAUGUUGCAGUGGCCUAAAGAGCAGCCUUUUGGAGAUGGGGUUCCAUUAGACGGAGAUGACCCUGAACAUAUUCAGUGGAUUUUCCAAAAGUCUGUAGAGAGAGCAUCACAAUAUAAUAUUAGAGGUGUUACCUACAGACUCACUCAAGGGGUAGUAAAACGAAUCAUUCCUGCAGUAGCUUCUACAAAUGCAGUCAUUGCAGGUAAGGGAAAAAGACUUUCACUGUGUGCCACUGAGGUUUUCAAGAUUUUAAACAGUGCAUACAUUCCCCUUAAUAAUUACUUAGUAUUCAAUGAUGUAGAUGGACUGUACACUUACACAUUUGAAGCAGAGAGAAAGGAGAACUGCCCUGCGUGUAGCCAGCUUCCUCAAAACAUCCAGUUCUCCCCAUCAGCUAAACUGCAAGAGGUGUUAGACUAUCUAACCAAUAGUGCUUCUCUGCAAAUGAAGUCUCCAGCUAUUACAGCCACGUUAGAGGGGAAAAACAGGACACUUUAUUUACAGUCAGUAACGUCUAUUGAAGAACGAACGAGACCGAAUCUUUCCAAAACAUUAAAAGAACUGGGACUAGUUGAUGGACAAGAACUGGCUGUUGCUGACGUCACCACACCACAAACUGUACUAUUCAAACUUCAUUUUACUUAAGGAAAAUAAAUCUGCACAUAAUAGAAAUUCAUAGAAAUAAUAUGCUUUAUAAAUGUUAUGCAAUUGAAGAGCCAGGAAGAUGAGGCAGAGGGGAACACCCAAGAAAGGAAAUUUAAUUGAUGUCAUUUUUAGCAUUAGUGUGGCUAGAAUUUGACUUUUUAUAUAUACAUAUAUAUAAAAAAUGAAUGACUCUUUUUUAACUUUAUAAGUUUCUCUUGAAGACUGAACUUCUGGGUUGGGCUAGUAAGCAUUUUCAUUUUAGUAAUACUGAAAACCAUGCCUCCAGGAAAGAUUAUGAACAAAUGUCCUGCUUCUUUAAAGCAGGACAAACACUGUCUUUUUGUGUGAAUUUGUUAUGGUCAAACAACAUAUUCCUCAGCUUGCAUUUGAGUAUUCACCUGUAUAGAAAUGUAUUCUUGAAUGGAAAUGAGGAAUUAUGUCUUAAGAACAUUAAAUAUUUACAACCUGACAUCUAGAGAUAUCAAACAUAGGCAAUUUCUUCAUUACUACUCAUAAUUGUGACUGUCCAUGUGUGUAUUAAUUAUUGCAGAGUUUAACUUGUCCAUGAUAAUUUGUAAACAGUAUUAUAGAGUCAUACCUGUGCAUGAAAAUUCAAAAUAUUUUCAUGUAUUUAUUUGCAAUGCCACAGAGACCAGUAUGCACAAAUUUAAACCAAGACAUGGCUGUUCAAAGAAAUUAAUGUUUCAACAGUUAUCAUUGAUGCUUUUGCACUAUUUAUUAAUAAAAUUGUACAUUGUCUACUUUUUAUUGAAAAUUUUAAAGUAUAUCAAUAAUAGUAAAUAAUUUUAUAGUGAUGUAGAAAUAAUUUUUAAAUGUUUAAUAGUUAUUAUUACCAGACUUUUAAUUCACCUGAGUUAAAUUUUUAAAAAUUUACUGUAGUAAUUUCCAUAGUACAGACUAGGUUCAUUCGUUCUCAUUGGUAAAUGAAAUGGAAUGACUUAAUUUUUA